AUGCUGUCAGCCUUGGAGAUGUGCCACAGCACCGGUAUUGCACACCGCGAUAUCAAGCCUGAAAACAUUCUGCUCGACAACAAUUUUCAGCUGAAGAUGGCUGACUUUGGGCUGUCGUCUAUCAUGGAGGACGAAAACGGCGUGUGCUACACUGAAUGUGGCACUCGCAGCUACAUGGCUCCCGAGGUGCUGGCGAAGCAGCCGUACGACGGUGCCCAGGCGGACCUUUGGUCGGCAGGCGUUGUUCUAUUCAUCAUGCUCGCGGGUAACCCGCCCUUCCAGAUGGCAGUAUCGACGGACUGGUGGUUCAGGGCUGUAUCAAGCGGGCGCCACGAUCGCUUCUGGGCCGCCCACCUUCGAGGCUGUCCUGACUUCCCACCACUUGCGCAGGCGUUCUUGAACCGCAUUUUCGUGGCAGACCCUCUCCAGCGUGCCACUCUCGAAGAGUUGAAGUCACACGAGUGGUUGGCAGGCGGGACCCUGCCCGCGCAUACUCUCUACGACGAACUCCUCCAGCGGAAACGGGAAGAGGAAGCAGCUCGUCAAGGACGCGGCCACGUCGACCCUUUCCCACUUAACGUUCAGCGCAGCGUUAGCAAACCAGGGGAGGUAGACCAGAGUCGCCUUCAAGCUCCAAACGUGCCCACCGACUUGCACGGGAUGCAUGUUUUCUACUCGGCGGCGGCGUUGGACAUGUUGCUGGACAAACUCAGAUCUGCGCUGGCAGGCAUGGCGGGCACACCAAACGUCACGCUCAAGCCACAAUCAGCCAAGGUCAAGGCUGUUUUCCCGGGCGACGGCUUGGAGAUGGUUGCGCAAGUCUACUCGAGCCCCAAUCUCGGUUGCCACGUGGUGGAGCUCACUCGGCGUGCUGGGGACGCAUUUGCUUUUAACGAGAUUCGCGAGACCCUCGCCAAGGCACUCGGCAGCAUGAUUUCAGGCGCUGCCGACGUCAAAGCCAUCGCCAGCAAGGACGCCUUUGACGAAGACCCAGAGGUCAUGUCUUUCCCAAUGGCUAUCCCGGGGCGGCAACCCGAGCACUGCGCAUCCGCCAAAAAGAGAGCGGGGGAGGAGAAGCUCGCGGAGCGCUUGGAAGAUGUCGACGUAAUUUAGGCUUCCCCGUCGUUGCUUACGCAACUUGUCGUUUUGAUGCUGUGAGGUGUUGUGUGUACAGGUACCCGUUUGAGAGGAAACAAGUUUGGUGAAAGCCAU